AUCACUACAUGCUGGCCCUCUUUGACACCUGCAGGAGUGUGUGAUUGUGAAAGUCAGUGUGUCUUAGUGUGUAUGUGCGCUUCAGUGAGUAAAUGAGUGUUUGUGUGAGUGCAUGAAACUGUGGUGUGAGAGCUUUGGUUGGUGUUUUGUGUGUCCGUUUUGCUUUAGGUAAUGUGUGAGUGAUGGUGUAUAGGGGAGAGAGGCAAACACACAAAUAGGAAGGACCAUGUGAGAGGCUGAAAAACGCUCAAGAUGGAGGAGCGCUUAAGACUCAGAGAGAAUGAUUAAGACAACCAGAAGACCAAUAAGAACCUGAAAACAUGAAGCAGAGAAGAACAACAUGUGUGAAAAGGAAAUUAAGCGCCAAGGACUGGCACCCUAGCUCAAUCAAACACACCGUCAUGGAGGAUCGCUCAUCCACACAAUCCUUCUCAAAUCUCCAGCAAUAUCGCCAUCAUCGAUCCUUUUCUCUCACCUUGCCCAACUUCCAAAACUCAGAAGUGGGAUACCCAAUUUCUCACCCUGCCCAGGAUUCCCUGGAGCAGUACGGAAAUAGAGGGGGAGAAUCCACAUCCUCAUACUUGACAUCAAACACCUCCUCUGGGCCAAAGAGAGGGGCCAGUGGUGGUGACGGAGUCCUACUCAGCACCAGUGCAAGCAGUUUGGAAGGAGAUGGAAGUUUAGGAAGCCAUGUUGAUGGAGAAAACAGAUUAGACAGUCAUUUUGAUGACUCCUGGUACGGCAAAAAAGAACUUUGGGAAGAUGGGGAGAGUUGUGAAGGCACUGCAGACGAUUUUCACAGUAAAGGUGAUUGCUAUAGUAACAUGAAUGAUGUUUUAUAUGCACUGAACUGUUCCACUGAUGAAGGAGGGAGACGAGGGAGUAGAGCAAACCAUCACAAUUAUAUCCAUGUUAGCUGUGAGGGUAAAAGUGAAACCGUUUAUAACAAAGAAGUUAACAUGAGCCACGCUACUAAACAAAAUGUGUCCUACAACAGAGUUAGUGCAGUAAGCUUUAAUGACAAGAGUGUUGAUAAUAGUAGGGCGGCUUCAAGAGCAAGUGAUAGCUGUUUUCAAGGAGAGGAAGAUUAUGGGUCCAGGUGUGGCUCAGGUGAGGAUCAGCUUCAACCAGCAGAAGCUGAGGGCCCGUGGUUCAGUGUCUCCCCUACGAGUCAGGCAAACGGGAGGUGGAGAGGAGCAGCAGACUCCCACACUUUGUCCUCAGUGUGUCUGUCACCUAUUGCCAUUAGCAGGACGUCUGCUCAGAAACUGGACUCCUUCUCUGAGGCUUUCUACUCUCAGCGAAAGAGAUUACCCAUCAUUCCCAGUGAGAAUUCCUCCGGACAAAUGUGGGAAUUUGGAGUAGGAAGAGGAGAGACCUCUGCAUCAGCGAAAUCAAGGCAAAGCUGCACUUUUGACUCAGACUCCUACCUGCCGCCUUCCUCCUCCUCCUCUUCUUCCCCAGCUUACCCCUCUCUUCCAUCUUUCCCCUCCCCUCCUACAUCAUCUCACCUCAUGUCUUCAGUUCUGAGCCCUCCUCCUACACCUCUACCUCCUCCUUCCCACUCACCCUCCAAAACAGACUCUCCCAGCAUACAGGGGCCCACCGGACAGUCAACUUCCCAGGGAGGAGACUCACUUGGUGGUCUUCAGUUUUUUCCAUCCCAUAUUCAGUCUUUACCUUCUGUCCAGUCCUCUGGGAUGAUUUGGAAGUUUCCACUGCUGUCACACUGCUUUCAACCGCUGUCAGGCAACCCAGCUGGCACUGACUGCCAUGCCAAGUCCUCCCAUGCAGAUGACUACGGCAAUGCCACAGCCACGUGUAACAUUCCCCAGUCAUCCUUCACGCCUUCGUCUGAUUGUUCAUCCCUCAACUCAGCCACCGGUCCAUCCAGUAAUCCAUCCCUCAAUUCCCCUUUUCAUCUUCCCUUUCGUACAUCUCAAAUCUCUGGCAAGCAUCACGAGGCUGCUGAAAAAACAUCUUCCAACAAAGAUACCCAGAAAAUAAAAAAUGAACCAACCACUCGGAUCCAGUCAUGUCUGCAGCAACACCCUACUCCGGUGUAUACUGGAACCCCAUUUGCCAGUAUCCUUCAAUCCAGAAGAACUCAGAACAGUGGUCGCUAUACUCCUCGGCCUCUCCUCAACCCAGUCCGCAGGGGAACAGGGCUCUACUCCUCCUUCACUUCUCUCCAUCACAGGGAGGAGAAGAAUUGUGAUGGGUUACCACAUGUCAACGUGGGCCCUGACUUCCAGGCUGAUCUUCCUCCCUGCUUUUCGGAUGGUGAAAAGUCUGGCAUGAGCUUCCCAGUGGAAGAGUCUCCUCGGGAACAGUUGCUCUGGAAACCAUUGGAUGAGCUGGAGGAGAAUGCUUGCUUGCAGAACCAAGUGGAGAAGCUUCUGUCCAUGUGUAGUUCCAGCUGUGUACCAGGAGGGGGCAGUAACACAGAGCUGGCUUUGCACUAUCUUCACUAUUGUCAGGGCAACAUAAUGGCCACAUUGGAGAUGCUGUUGUUCUGUCAGGCCUCUCCAACAGGAGACUACCAUUAUUCAGGUUGUGAUUUUUGGACAGACAUUGAAAAGAAUCUCUUCGCUGUAGCUCUCGGGUCUUAUGGAAAAGACUUUUCACUCAUACAGAAGAUGGUGAGGACUAAGACUGUAUCUCAGUGUGUGGAGUUUUACUACCUGAGCAAAAAGCUUGUGGACAAGCAGAAGAAGCAGAAAGAGGAUGAGUACAGAGAUCGAGAGUUGGAGUUAGAAAAAAGUGCGACGCCCAUCUCUCAGCCAAUGGAGAGGCAGUUUUCACUAGAGGAGGCGGUUCCUGUGCCCCCAUUGGCCAGUUUUUUCCCCUGCAAGCUGUGUGGAAAAAUGUUUUAUAAAAUCAAGUCUCGUAAUGCUCACAUGAAGAUCCACCGCCAGCCUCAGGAGGAUUGGGCCGACAGGCGGCUGCAGCACCAGCUUCUCACACAGCGCCUGGCCCUCAAUCAUCCCACCAACUUCGUGCCCAGCCCAGGCGCUAAUCUGCUCCCACCCCAGGCUAGAGCUCUGACAUUUUCCUCAUCUAGUCUUCCAUCAAACAACAACAGCAAUGCAGAAAAUAUUCAAAACGCUGUAGCUAAUAGCAACCCCGUUGCUCCUAGCAACACCAGUAUGCGGGAUAGCAAUUCUGUGACUUUUAGCAACAUCACUCCGCUGACCUCCCAUGUAAUCACCAUCAGCAAUAUUGAUGGUAGCGACUCAAACCAAAGACAGCCCACCAAUGUCUUACCUUUCCACCAGACAUGGGGAUCUUUUGGACAGCUCCCAGAUCUCACUACCUUCUACUGCAUCCCAGAGGGGAAAGAUGAUGCGGGGGCUGUGACAGUGGAGGGAAAAGACCAAAUUAUCUGGCAGUAGUGUAAACUUUCCAAAGAGCAUUACCAGCACAGGUCCUAAUAUUUGUAUCAAACUUUGUAUUUUCGGUCAAACUGUUUUUCAAAAUCAAAUUUCAGAUCUGUUUUCAAACUGUUUAAAAAAUAGAGAUGGAUAUUUUUUCUUGUUUUAUUGUAAAUGUUGUACUUAAAUGUGUUACAAACUGUAUUUAUAUGUUUUAUGCAUUUAAAAUCAGAAUAAAAC